UGGCUUCUAGACCUGUUUCUUUUUCGCUAGAGAGUCUUUUGGUUUCCCUCUUCAGUCCCAUGCUGACUCGGUGUCUAAUUGUCCGUCGAGUGGACGGAUGUCACCGGGCCGCCCCUUUGUUGUGUUUUUUACUUUUGCUUGCUACGCGUUCUGGGAGUUAUGGCGACAGCAACAUUCAGGUCUUGGUCUUGUGUCGUGUUCUUUCGUUAUUCUGCGCAUGGAGAUUUAUGGGGAUUCUACUACAGCAAAUGAAGAAUAGUAGAUCGGAUGUGGGAGGCAUCGUCAAUGACCCGUUCCCGGAUCAUUUGGCUUCGAUCUAC